CGUCAUAACCAGGAAACAAACAAACUUUCCAGUCAAAAUUUAAGCGACUCAUAAGUCGUGAUUAAUCUUUUGGUACACUUUGAGUUUGUACAACCUUCUACAUUUGAAAUGCCUUUACUUUGUGGGGGAACUACAGAGGCAAAAGAUGCCGACGAAGAAGUGCAAAAAAUAUGCGAUGAGAUGAAGUCUCAUGCCGAGGAUAAAGCUGGGCGGACUUUUGACGUUUUCAUCGCCAAAUCUUACAAAACGCAACUUGUUGCGGGGACAAAUUACUUCAUCAAGGUCCAUGUAGGUGGAGAUGAUUUCAUACAUCUUCGUGUUUAUAAAACCCUGCCCCACGCUGGAGAGAAACUACAGCUGACCAGCCUGCAGACAUCCAAGGCGCAUCAUGAUGCCAUUGAAUACUUUUAAUAAGGCGAAUCUAUAUAGCCUCCUGAAAAUGCCUAAAUGUUUAUACUGUUACAAACAGGAACCAUUUACACAUGUGAUUAUGAAUAAUAUACACGUGCUUUGGUUAUGAGUCACUACAAUAAAACUGACAUUUUUCCAAGA